AUUUAAAAAUAAAUAAAUAAAUAACAAGAAUAAGAGCGAAGAGAAGCCUCUAGAAACCAGAAAGACACAAACGGGCGAGAUUCAAGUCUCAAGUCUCUCGCCUCAAGUGUGUAGUUUGCAGUCUCAAGAAUGGCGAAGGAACUUGAGAACAAAGCCAAAGAGGCAUUCUUGGAUGACGAUUUUGCCCUCGCCGCCGAUUACUACUCGGAAGCCAUCAACUUAGAUCCCAACAACCCUCUUCUUUAUGCCGACAGAGCCCAAGCCCAUAUCAAGCUCCAGAACUUCACAGAAGCCGUUUCUGAUGCGAACAAAGCCAUUCAAUUGAGUCCUUCACUGGCUAAGGCAUACCUUCGUAAGGGAACUGCGUGCAUUAAGCUGGAAGAGUAUCAAACUGCAAAGGUAGCACUUCAAACCGGUGCCUCUUUUGCUCCCGACGAUUCCAGAUUCACCAAGCUCAUUCAAGAUUGUGAUCGCUACAUUGCAGAAGAAUCGAAUGAUCUUGCUAGCACCUUAUUGCCCCGCGUCCCCACAACUCCUGCCGGUAAUGGUUCGCAUUCGACUGAUAGAAGUAUAGAUUCUACUAAAGAAGCUGAAAGAGACAGUUCGGUACCCCAAAUCAAUGAAGUUGCAACAACCAGGCCAAAAUUCAGACAUGAAUACUACCAGAGGCCAGAAGAAGUGGUUGUGACGAUAUUUGCUAAAGGCAUACCAGCAGACGACGUAAUUGUUGACUUUGGUGAACAGAUUAUGAGUGUUACUAUUGCUGUUCCCGGACAAGAACCCUAUCGUUAUCAACAACGAUUGUUCGGAAAGAUAGUACCCGAUAAGUGCAGAGUCCUGGUGUUGUCAACUAAAGUUGAAAUCCGCCUUGCAAAAGCUGAAGCUCUUAAUUGGACAUCUCUGGAAUAUAGCAAGCAUGUGCUUCCUCAGAAAAUAAAUGCGUUGACAAAUCAACCUGAAAGGCCAACAUACCCAUCAUCAAAGCCAAGGACAAAAGAUUGGGAUAAGUUGGAAGCACUGAUGAAAAAAGAGGAGAAAGAAGAGAAGCUAGACGGUGAUGCUGCUUUGAACAAAUUGUUCCGAGAUAUUUACCAAAAUGCAGAUGAGGACAUGAGAAGAGCUAUGAGCAAGUCAUUUUUGGAGUCAAAUGGAACAGUGCUGUCAACUGACUGGAAAGAAGUAGGAUCAAAGAAGGUGGAGAGCAGUCCCCCUGAAGGCCUGGAGUUGAAGAAAUGGGAAUAUUGAUUUGCUAAGAUAAUUCCAAAAAAUGAAUAGGAAUUGUGUGAUCCCUUUUUGUUAUUUUGAUACUUGCUGUUUGUCUGUGUUAUAUUACAUUGCCUGGUAAAUGACCGAACUUGUAUUUGUUGAUAAAGUUAAGUAAUUGUGAAGUUAUUGCUAUUUGCUAAUGGCCGUGAUUUAUUGUUGCUGAAUUUAGACGAGUAAAUUUAGUAUCAUAAUUGAGAAAAGUUUAAGGCUCGUCAA